CUUACGGUCACCCUGCCGAUCGGUCCCAUUUAAAACUUUGCUUUUACUUCCGCGUUCCUGAAGUUUACAUCUGCUUUUCAGGGACACGGAAAUAUGACUUGCAUUUCCCCCACACCUUUCUCGUGAAUUGUAUACAACCCCGGCAGUGUGACAGAUAAAAAUCUCCACAUAGGAUUCGACGUAGCUGCAGUCUGUGCAGUCUUUAAUAAAACUUUUAAAAGAACUCCAAUUUUUGAUUAUGGGUGAGAAGCAGACUCACAAGGACACGCUCGUCAUCUGGCAUGAGGCAGUGCAGCUUUUCGACCGGGGUGAUCGGGCCAGAGCCCUAGACAGCCUACAGUUGAUUCAGGAACCAUCAGCCAAAAUCCUUUACAACAUCGGACACAUUCAGAUGCUGGAGAGCAAAACUCAUUAUGCAGUGCAGACUUUAAAGAAAUCAACUGAAAAGGACCAGCACAUGGGAAUUGCUCAUUUCCAGUUGGCACAGACCUACUACCAGCAGCACAACUACGAUGCAGCUUUACACAGUCUGGAGAAAGCCCGUACUUGCCUUCGGGGAAACAAGUUCAUUGACUACAAACAGUUAGGGCUGCAGUACAAGUUACAUGAGUGUGAGAUUCUCCAUAACCUAGCCUUAACCUAUGCUGCCCUUAACGAGACCCAAUUGGCCAUGGAUCUAAUGACAGAGGCAUCGAGAUGCAAAGCAGAGACCAAGCACAACACCAUUGAUUCAGCACUAACUGCAAUCAAGGAGCGAAGCCUGCCCAAGUCUUUUGUGGUCCCUGAGGAGCAUAUCUUCCGCCCUCCUGCUGCCAAGGUCCAAAACAUCAAGGGAGUGGAUUACUUGGGCAAGGCAAAAGUUGUGUCUGAGCUUGUCAUCCCAGAUACUGAAAACAAAAGAGGAAGGAGUCCAAGCCCAAUUCCUCCACAACACCUGCCGCCCCAUCCUAUUCCUAUCCCUUCCAACAACUUCAAACCCAUCACCCAACCCACCAGGAGCCCCUCCCCUAACCCCAAGACCUUACCCUCUUAUCCUCCCCCUACUCUCCCAAGCACCAGCCACAAUAGCGCCCCUUUACUACCCAAUCCCCCACUCCCAAAUCCUCUUAGUGGCACCUCUCCUUCCCCAAGCCCAACUCUGGGUGCAAAGGCAACACACAAGGACACCAUUAGUAUGUGGAAUGAGGGCGUGGUCAUGUUUGAGCAUGGCCAGGUGGGCCCUGCCCUGGACCACUUGCUGAGAAUUACGGAACCACCCGCAAAGAUCUUAUUCAACAUUGGAAUGCUGCAUCUCAAAUUGGGCAAUGUCUAUGAAGCAGAAAAGGUGUUCAAAACAGUAGUUGACAAAGACCCCCACCUUGCUAUUGGCUACUAUCAAGACGGCAAUGUCCAGUGUCAGCUGAACAGGCCAGAGCAGGCCAGGAGACAGUAUGAGAAAUGCCUAGGCUGCUUCAGAGGUCAUAAGUUCAUUGACUACAAGCAGCUAGGCUUGCCUUAUAAGUUGUACGAAUUUGAGGUUCUUCACAAUCAGGCCUGGACUUUCUUCAAGUUGGGUCAAAGAGAGAAAUGCAACCAGCUGCUGCUGGAAGCGCAGGGGACUAAACCAGAGACCAAACAUGACGCCAUUGAUAACUCACUCAAGAAUGCAAAAGCUGGCGCCCCUUUUGAUAUAAUGAAACUGCCCAAGGGUGCACUUUUUCGCCCACCCAAGGCCAAAAUCGACAACUUGAAUAAAAUUGAUUUCCUUGGCCAAGCCAAAGUGGUUUCUACGCUGAACACAGGAGGUGACAGAAGUACUUCCCCUGCUCCAACAAGGACAUCACCAGAUAAUACUGAAGCAUUCUACCUCCCGAUGUCUCCAACCAACCAGUCCCUAUCCCCUCCUCAACAGGCCACCAAACCUAAGGACAACCAGUCCCCACGGAAGUCCCUCCCUGGCCCCCCACCUAAAUCCUUACCAGAGCCUCCCCGCAGAUCUCUGCCAGGCCCCCCGAGUAAGGCAAGUAACCUGGCACUGCCAUCUCUACCCAGCAAGCCAUUCGGUGUUGGUCAAGACCUACCAGCACCAGUGCCUCCACGGACCACCAGCCUGGGAGGUCCAAGUCAGACCGACUGCCUGCUGGAUGACAACCCUUCACCGAGUCCCUGCCUCCCUAGCCGGCCUAUCCCACCAGUACCCAACCAUGAUCCAAUCGAUAGUACCAUUCCACGCCGAAUGCCACCACCUCCCCCACUCAUGCAGAAUGGCCAUGCCCACCUAUUGGAAACAGACAACUCCAACCUGGACCGCAAGAGGAAAGUCAGCCCUGCCUUUAACCCUAACCAGCCUCUGCCAUUGUUACCCAAAUCUGCGGAGAAAGAUGAACAGACCUUUUCCAACCUGACUCAUCAGCGACCUGUCAGCCCCAUUCCACCAAGCAGACCAGUACCUCCGUCACCCAACAGAAAUAGUCCUGUGACUGAACGACAAACCCCACCAAACAAACCAGUUCCCCCCUCACCAAACAGACUCAGUCCCGGCAUGCCCAACAGAACCCCACCCCCAAUCCCAAGUGACACCACCCUUGAACAGAAGAGGCCACCCGUAAGUCCCCUCCCACCCAAGGCCCCUCUUCCCCCACCUCCCCUGGUGAAGGAAGGAGCCACUCAGACAAAAUCAAGGGUGCGGGACGCCAAUGGGCGAAGCCCAGGAAUGGCCAGGAAGAUAUCACAGGAGGCUAGGGAAAGGAGGGACAAUACAGGCAUUAACAGUAAUGGCCAGCUGUGUGUCCCAUUUUCUCAUGGGAUCCUCAUUGCUACUCUGCAAUUAUCAUCAACCAGAGUCAGAUGUGGUGGAGUUCAUGGUGGCAGUGCAGAGCUUCAUUGGCAAGGACUCAAAGGAGCUGAGCUUUAGCAAGGGAGAGAUCAUUAGGCAGUGUCGACAAGUCAGUUGUGGACUUCUAGAAGGAGAGUUUGGAGGUAAAAGAGGCUGCUUCCCCAGUUCAGCAGUGCAGAACUUCACCCGUACCACCGCAUCAUGAUACCCCAUCCCCCACUGUCUAUGAAGUCUCCAGAUUCCAGAAUGACCUCUAGUUUAUUUUAGGGAAUUCACUACCAAAACUUGUGGCAGACGUAGAGAACCAGGCAUCUGUUUCUGGAUGAAAGCAGUUUCCACAUUAUAGAAUCAUAGAUUAUAGGGCAAAAGCAAAGCCACUUUUCAAGUAGAUUGUCUGCACUCUAGCAAUAGUCAUCAACAUUUUUCCAUUUGAAGCCAUAAAAACUGUUGUACAUGCAACAGGUUUUAUAAAUUCAGUGAUGUCCAUAAUUUCACUAUAUAUCAAGACAGCCUUGGCUGGUAUACAUAUGAAACAGUUGUAAGCAACUUGCUGUGGCAACGGACUAGUGACAUCCAUUGGGGUCGACUUGCUUGGCACUUGAGGUCAUGUGCUAGACAUACUUUGGUCUGCCCACUCCAGUGACAUUGAGGUUCAGAAUUCAUUUUAAAAAAUCCAAGUGGCCAACCUGAUCAAAGAAAAACAGCACCUUGGGCUCCAAAAUCAACUGAGGUGCAGCACAUCUAAGUGCAUUAUAUUUUGGAGAUCAUACAUUGUGCCUGCAAAAAUGUAUGAUCUCCAGUAUGUCUGGAAGAGUGUAUUUUAACUAUUAUUUUCAUACAUGUAAAUUCAAAGUAAUUGGUGGUUGUACCAUCUCUCUCUCUCACACUCUCAACCCAAAUGUGUACAAAUGUAACUUAUUUGUUCAAAGCCAAUUUCUAAGAUAAUGUUAACAUUCCCUUUAUGGAAAUGAAAUGUAAACAGGCACACCCACAUUUGAUAGAUUACGAAUAUGUUCAGUAUAUAGAAGUUGAUAGGUUAGGCCAUUCACAAUUGAAUUUUGGGUUUUCAUCACUGACUGCCCCGAUUUUCACGUCCCGCCCUGAUUUGUUUUUAUAUUUUCAUAUUUUUGUGUAUGGUGUGCAUUUUGAACUAUUUUCUCCAAUAACUGGCAAUAAGGUGUAUUUUUCAGACAAAUUUCUCACAAAUACUCGGGCAACUCCGUUUUUCCAACAUCCCAUGACGCAUAAAUGCAUGCAGCAUGCAUGCAUGCAUUCCACUGACACUGAUUCCCAUCGCUAGACAUGGCUAGAUAAAGCAAGAACGACAGUAAAAGUGGUGGGAGCCAGAGAGGUGCAUGUCUAAACAGAUUUCAAAGACCUGGACGUAACAAAUUUCUGAUGCUAACGGCGUUGGGAAUGAUCUAAACUAUCAAAAAUCAUUAAUGAAGGUUUAAUUACAAAAAGACUUUUACGCACGAUGCGAUACGGACCAUGUUGGCCCCUGGUGUUGGCCCCUGGUGUUGGCCCGGCAUUUCCCCUUUGCAAGUAGUGAUGAACUAAAGGAAUUUAAUUUUCAUUUAUUGAGUAUCGCCUGUCUUCAAAAUUAGACAUGUUAACAUGGUGUAACCUCUUCUACAUGUAGGUUUAGUACCAUAACAUCAGGCUACGGCCCCCUCAAGUCACUUUGGAUGUGAACAUUUGGGAUUUAUAAAAUACUGUAAAUAUAUAUUCCCCUGCCGACUGAUUUUUUUCAAUCAGAGUGCUGAACACCAACAAUUUCAAUUUUUAAUGGCCUUAGGUAAUCAUUGUUGUGUUUUGUACAAAUGUUGCCAAUGUUGAGUGGCUCCAUCUACACUGUAUACAUAUGCAAAAGGUGCUGGGUUCGAGUCUUACCUAAGAAAGCAUGUUACUUUUCUUGCAAGUUCUUCAACAGCUGUAUAUACUGUGUGUAUAAAAGAGAAGGUAAUCCAAAAAUAAGGGAUUAGUAUACAAGUAUGAACUUGAAAUCUCAAAAUAGUGCCAUCACAAAGGGUAAUUCAUUAGCUUUCCAUUGAUACCCAGGCGCGGAUCUGGGGGGGGGGGGGUGUAAAAAAAAACCAAAAACAGCUGUCAAAAAAAGGUCUUUCCACACAAAUUCAUAAACAAAAAUCGAAACCCCCUUCCCCGUGCCUUGCACAAAAUACGUAGUGAGCCCGCUUGGUUGGGGGUAUUUGAACAUUAUUCUGUGAUUUAGUGCUAAUAAUUGUCAACUUUGAACAGCGCCCCCAUUGAAAGUGUGGUAUGAGGCCCCCCCCCCCCCUUUCAUUUUACGGAGGCCAAGUGUCCGGAGAAAAAAAUGUGUCUACAUAUCAGAUUUUUUUGGGCGAUGAACCCCCCCCCCCUGCAAAAAUUCCUGGAUCCGCCCCUGAUACCUUAUUUUCAUCUGCAGUCACAGAUGACCGAGCAACAUUGAUUUGAAUGUGUUGAGUGGGGAGAUAGAAAUGCUGAAGGCGUUUGAGGAUAAAUUGAAUAUCGUGUUUCAUUUCAAACAGAUUUAUUUCAUGUGGUAAAAUUAUAAAUACCCAAUGCCAAAUGUACCUGGGCAUCAGCCCAACUUGGCAAGGUUUUGGUUAAAGCACUCUGACAUGGAAUAGCUAAUUUGAGAUAAAAACAAUCUUUGGAAUGAUUAACUAUUCAGGGACAACAUUAUGAUGCGUUGGCUUAUCAUUUUAUGCACCAUCACAUCCAACGUGCAUCCCUUUUUAGAAAUAACUCGCCACUUAUUCAGCAAACUUGGAAAACAAGAUUUUCUGGCCUUUGUCUUGAAGUCUAUGGUACAAAGUCAAUUCAAAUAAGGUAUCAAGGGACAUAUUCAGACAAAUAAAAUAAAUGAUUACAAAAUUCAGACGGGGAAAGGAAAAACCCAAAUACUAAGGCCAAAAAAAAAAAUAGUCGGUCUCUGGUCAGACCAAAG